AUGCAACGACUAGUGAGGCGAUAUCUUUUCAAACGAGAGCGUGCCAAGGAUGCCGAAGGUGAAAAACCGAAGGAGAGUAUGUACCUCCGGGCCGAUGAUCUAACCGCAGCGGAUAUGUACGGAGGAGGUGGUGGAAUGGACUUUGCCGAUGCUGAAGAAGACAUACCCCAAGGAAUACCGCAAUCUCGCAGCACUACAGCUGGUAGCCUUGGCGACGGUUUAAUUGCAGGAGGUACUACCAGUGCGUCGUCACGUCGCGGGCGCCGCAGCGGAGCAAAAAGAUAUUCUAUCGUUGCUGGAGGUGGAAUACCUAUCGGUUUUAUGAAUCCCUUCAAUAUCCAACUGCCACAGUUGGAUGGGAUUCAGCGCUCACAGAAGGUCCUUGAUAUGCGUCUUCAGAAUCUGCAAAGCCAGUCUGAACAACUGAACAGUGCUGCAGGUAACGCGAGGAUCAAGGAAGAAGUGAUUCAUGCGCGUUCACUCAUUACGGAAAGCCAGAGAGCUCUUUCUUCCAUCAUCAAGGCUGUCUCACAACUACAAGAACAGGUGGUUUUAUUGAACGAAAACAUGGAGAACUGGGUUAAAGCUCAAAUCGGGGAGCCCAAUAAACGCACUAUUCUUGUGGAAGAGCGUCGUCCAGCAGUAAGUGCUUCAAAGAUGCGCGAGCGAAAUCGAUCUCGCCGAAUUGCAAGCCGUCGUCCUUCCGCAGAUCGUGACAAUAGCCCCAAUCCCUACGUUUGA